AAAAUGUAUGUGUAUUAAAUCUUAUCAAGCAAAUUCAUCUGGAGAAUUAUCAUUAAAAAAAGGAGAUAUUCUUGAAAUUUUAAGUGUUGGUGAGCAAGGAUAUUUAGAAGGAAGAUGUAAAAAUAUUGAAGGCUGGUUUCCAAGUAAUCAUGUUCAAGAUAUUUGUGUUUUUAGUGAGUAA